ACAGUCUCUCCUCAUCUACAUGACGUUUAAAGGGAACUGUCAUUGGCCAAACACAUGCGAGAUUUGGCUGGUCAAUCAAAGCUGUUCUGGCUUUGGAGGGCCAUUCAGCGACAGUCGUUCGGAACUCUCUCUUUAAUGGCCUUUCUUUUCUUGACACAUAGUUUCAUUGAUGCUUGAUGUCAGUCUCGAUCCUUGAGAGAACACUUUCCUAGUUUCAUGUAUAGUGAACUCGCCAAGUUUUAAUUUUUUAGUUUUGUUGGACCGGAACGUCCAACGAGAUGACAGAGACAAAAAAGUCAACUGAGAAAUUUCAUAUUUCCGACAAAGAAAGAAAGAAAGGGGUAUAACCAGUUGACGAGACAUGGGCAUUUCAGAUUCUUUUGAGAUAGAUUUGAGGGCGAGUCGAGCAAAACCCGGGUCGUAGAUUUGAAAGCUCGGGUUUGGGAAAAUCUUGAUCUGUGAGAUGGGUUAUUGUUGUUGCCUUUGAGAUCAUUCCUGUUCAGCAGAGAUUCAAAUUUUUUACUCGAAUUUCUGUCAAUUUUUUGUGACCCAGUUCGAGGAACACUGAUCUGUGUAACUGGGUCGUAGUUAGUUUCUGGAAAUUUGCGCCAGAAAAGUGACCAAUGGUGGAAGAAGAGCAGCUCCCAAUUCAUGUGGAGGGGAACCAAGAAAACGGACCCAAUAGAGGGAUCUCUGAGCCUGUAUGGAAUCCAGUCAAAUGGUUCAAAAUGCUUGCCAUGGAAAUGCAUUGGAGCUUUGUUUUAGGGGUGGUGGUUGUCUAUGGAGUAAGCCAGGGAAUGGGUGGCGCUCUAGGUCGUGUUGGCACAGAGUACUACAUGAAGGAUAUCCAGAAAGUACAGCCUUCUGAAGCCCAGAUUUACUCUGGAAUAACUUCCAUUCCUUGGAUUGUCAAGCCUAUUUGGGGAAUUCUGACAGAUGUUGUUCCCAUUCUUGGGUAUCAUCGAAGACCGUAUUUCGUUUUAGCAGGUGUCCUUGGUGUUAUCUCCAUGCUCUUUCUAUCACUGCACAGAGAGCUGCAUCUCCUCUUUGCAGUGUUGUGUUUAACUGCCGGAAGUGCUGGGGUUGCAAUAGCAGAUGUGACCGUUGACGCAUGUGUGGCACAAAACAGUGGUACUCAUCCCUUGCUUGCUGCUGACAUGCAAAGCUUAUGUGCUCUGAGUUCGGCUAUAGGAGCACUUGUAGGAUUUUCUUUUAGUGGUAUUCUGGUUCAUUUAAUCGGUCCAGUGGGUGUGUUAGGCUUGCUGACAAUCCCAGCUGGGCUUGUAUUACUACUUGGCUUCAUACUUAAGGAAUCCUACACGCCGAAUUUUUCUUACAGACAGGUAACUCAGAAGUUCAUCAAUGCUACUAAGGCUAUGUGGGCAACCUUAAGCUGCCCGGAAGUGUGGAGGCCAUGUGUAUAUAUGUACUUAUCCCUUUCACUGAGUUUAAAUAUCCAUCAAGGGAUGUUCUACUGGGUCACAGAUUCUGAUGCAGGGCCCUCUUUUUCCAAGGAGAGUAUUGGCUACUUGUAUUCAAUCGGUUCAGUCGGCACCCUUUUGGGAGCUAUACUGUAUCAGUAUGGUUUAAAAAACCACCCUUUCAGGGACCUAUGCUUUUGGACUCAGUUGCUGUUUGGCCUAUCUGGAAUGCUGGAUUUGGUGCUGGUGCUGCGCUUAAACUUGAAAUUUGGUAUCCCAGAUUAUCUCUUUCUGGUGAUUGAUGCAAGUGUUUCACACAUGAUUGGACGGCUCAAAUGGAUGCCUCUUAAUGUCCUGAGUUCAAAGCUCUGCCCCCCUGGCAUUGAAGGCACUCUGUUUGCCUUGCUAAUGUCAAUUGAUAAUGCUGGGCUUCUCACAGCUUCAUGGGGAGGAGGCCUUCUGCUCCACAUCUUGAAGGUCACGAGAACAGAAUUUGAUAAGCUCUGGCUGGCCAUUUUGAUUCGAAACCUGUUGAGAGUCUCCCCUCUCUGUCUGCUAUUUCUGAUACCACGAGGCGAUCCCAACUCUUCUAUUCUUCCAGCUGAGGUCCUAAAUGCGGAAGAAGAUGAUGGGACCCUAGAAACCAAAAGGAUAGAACUUGUCUCUCUUGUCGAUAAUGCUGAUGGAAGAUGAGUUUAUUGAAGAGCUAAAAUCGCAUUCGUGCAAUGGUCAAGGAAGACGAGCUGUUGCAGGAGGCUAAACUUGCGCAGCCGCAGGGCCUAGACUGUUUUUUGCCAUAAUAGCUUCCACAUUCUAUUUUCUGAAAAUUUGGGUUGCAAAUGUGUUUAGGAGUUUGAGAAAUGAAAAAAAAAAAAAAUAGGCCUCCCUGUCCAAUGCAUGAAAACUGAUGGGUAUUAGAGGCAGUGAUUUUUACUAAUCAAAAGGAUAAUGUCAAGGAAAACAAGCAGAUCUGGCAACAAAGUCUCCACUUCUUCACUUCUACA